AUGGGUUGCGCCUCUCCCCCCACAAUGGCUACGACUCUUUCAUGCAAACUUCAAAACAUGAACCUGGAAGAGACGAAGGAUGAAAUAGAUCCGCCUGAGGGUCACCUCACCUUCCGUUACAUGUUUGAACACGAGCCUUUCGAAAUCCUUCCCUUCGAAUACUUCCCAUGGAAGGAAGUUGAUCACUAUCCACCAAUUUUUGACUAUGGCAUCGCCCUCACCACAGAAGAAAUUCAGGAAUAUGCUCGUCGGGAGGUUUUUCUUGAAGGACGCAAUCCUCACGAUUACCGUGACGUGCUUCACGGCGCCCUACGGAAAUUGAAUAAAGAAUUCGGACUGGAGCCUGGAGGGAGGAUUGGUCUUGGUGUUCCUUACUCAAAGAUGGAGAAUGUGGUGUUAUUCAAGUUCCUCGACAACUAUGUCUGUCCGUUGUCAGACGAGAAGGUACACCUUGUUGUUGAUGGGUUGAAGAGAGCAUUUGGGAAGGAGCCGCAGUGGUUCUUGAGUCAUAACAAUGAGGAGUUCAAAAACAAUUAUAAUGUUCCCGACUGGAAAAUCGAUAGGUGGGAAGCACAAUUGAAGAAAGAAGGAGAAUUUUGA